AUGUCCAUUCCGCUCGUCGCAAGCGGCAAGACGGUGAAGGAGGACAGCGAGCUCUUCUUCGCCGUCACACGUAGCUUCUCUGUGCCAGGCGCCAGCAGUCAGUAUCAGACACCGCUUGCGUUCAACCAGCUCAUGCGCGGUCUUCUGCGGCAACGCAACCGGUUCAACCAUGAUCACCACGACACGUGUGUGUACAUUGAACGGUCAAAGAAUGCCAACGUAGUGGCGUACACAGCAAACCUUGUCGACGCAGAUACACAUGAGAGGGUAGGAUCUGGCAUUGGGCGGCCGUGCGUGCCGUACCGCGAUAACCCGUUACACGCGUACUUUGUGACCCUCGAGCCAUCCUACUUGGAGGAGCGUCGCCGCAAGGGGGUCAAGUACGACUGCGACGAGCUCAGCAUUCUUGAGCGGACGCUGGCGUACGGCUGCUCAGCAACGCCGGUGAAUACGGAGAGCGUUCUGCGGUACUGGAAACAAUACACACCAGAGGCGUUCGAAGCUCUGCAGAAGGAGUGGAAGGUAAGUGGUAGCAUCGGCGUACCUGCCGAGAAUCAAGGCGCGAAGGAUGUCUCAGCAGCAGGUGGCGCGACUGCGGCGCCUCCGUCGGCGAGCGCGCUGACGGUGGAGUCGCUCGACGCGGCACUCAAGACGUGGUGGACACCGUUCCACCCGUACAUCUCACACUUUGUGGCCCUUCCCACCUGGCCCGGUCUUAUCAUGUGCCUGCCGCCGGUGGCUAAGGUGGACUCCAGCCGGCGCAGUAGUGUCACUGCGGCGGAAGCGCCGACUUCAACCUCAACGGACCAAGCUCGCGCCGCCGGCACGACAGAGGCCAAUCCACCAAUGGUGGACACGACGAACACCACAUACGGCAACCACACGGAGCCGGCCGAGGCCACGGCGACUUCCGGGGUUCUGUCGGACGAGGACACGGUUGUCGCCAUUAUUACCCGCAUCGACGGCGAGCUCAGCGUGCUCGAGAAGGUGUACGUGAAGAGCAUUGAGCCAAAGCGGUUUUACAACCUGCCGAAGGUGGAGUACAUCGAGGUGUUUGGCGUGUCCCUGGCAACCGGCAAGGCGACCUACGAGAGGAAGACUUGUUAG